GCAUACACCAGUGCAGAGCGCGCCAGCCAAUAUAUGAAUAAUAUGUUCUCGCUAGUUCUGGAGAUUUCAGGACUGCUUGAAUCAGUAUAGUUUAUAAUCUUCCGUUUCGUUAGAAUAAUAAUAUAAAUGAUAUAAUAGACUUUGCUUUGAAAGUUGUUAAUUAUUAACCGUAAAAUGACUUUGAUUUGUUAAGUGUGUUUCGAAAACUUUUUUUACAAGAACAACUCGGCUUUCAGCCCAUCAGAACAAAAAUAAAUAGCGCUACCAAUUGACUAAAGUGAACAUUAAAAUCGGCAUAGUAUCUACAAUAGUUACCUCAAUGUUACAAUGCCAGUGUCUUGUUAAUUAACUUGUUAAGUUAAUGUUCUUUGUUAAUGUGACGUGCAGCAAAUCGCCAGUGGUGAUAACCCCGAUGCCUUCCAAUCUCGCCCAAUAAACCUUAAGAGUGGAAAUGCAAACAAGUUUUGGCCCGAUAAAUAAUGGAGGGUACGGUACUGCGCGAGGGUUAAACAGGAAGGUGCAGCGGCGCAUCCCAGGGGUGCAAUCAGUGCGCGAGGUAGAGAGGCGUCAAAACCUGCAAUAAUACAGUCCGUUCUAGCUCUUCGACUAGGGACAAGGAGUGCGGGAGUGUGUGCGUUUGGAGAAAUGAAAACGGAUUUCCCCGCAUUUCUCCUGGUUUUGUUGGCGUCACUGGGAGCCGCAUUGGCAGACUGUAGACGGAAAACAACAUCAAGCAUUCCCGGCAAGGUCCUUUAUCGUCACGUGAUCAAAUCCCUCCAAUGUGAUUACAGGCAUUGUGUCGCACUAUGCAAAAGCAUGGCUGAUUGCCGCAGUGUGAACAUCCACCUAAGCCAGGACAAGUGUGACCUGAGUAACGCAACGCAUUUGUCACACCCCCGUGACAUGAGAAGUGUGACAGAUGGUUGGAUUUACCUGUUGUUCUUCACUCAUCCGUACUUCUGCAGCUCGCUAGCGUGCUGUGAACGAUUCGAAGACUGCAAUCAGAUCUGCCGAAUGGAAGAUGACGGAAGUCGACCAAAAUGCUCUACAUGUCAAGCGAAUCCUUUAGGAAUAGAAGACAGAACAAUCAAAGACCCACAGAUGUCUGCUUCGUCUGUGUACUUAGGCACCGCAAUGCCUGCAUACAACGCUCGUCUUAACAAUGAUAAAGCAUGGGCUGCGGGCAACCGCCAGAAUCAAUUCCUUCAAGUUGAUUUUGGCCGUCAAGCAGCAGUUGUCAAAAUCGCCACUCAAGGCCACCCCAAAUGGGCUUUACAGCAGUGGGUAAGAUCAUAUACUCUCAGCUCAAGUGAGGAUGGUCAAGUGUGGAGGGACCACGUAGCAGCAAGUGGGGAAACGGUGGUGUUCCAGGGAAACACAAACCCUAACGGCAUUGUGACCAACACUGUAAGCCCACCCUUGGAAGGACGCUACGUGAGGAUAAACACCAAGAAGUUCAGUAACUUCAUAGCGAUGAGGAUUGAACUGUACGGGUGUUUUACAGUGCAGUGACCAACAGCAGCACGAGGACGUAUCCAAAACGUGGUAUUCACCUGCAUCACGCGAAAUUAUCCUUUAGAUGUAAUCAAGAGAGCAUAAGAUAAGAGAGGGACACUUUGGUAUUACCCGCGCGCCAUGUCGAUUCCGAAUCCGGCUAUUUUUAGUAACCACCACCGUGAGCAUUUUUACUUGUUUGCCGCUAUUUUGUGACUGGAAACCGAAAAACCCCACCCUAUUUGCACAAAUACCAUCGAAAAUGUCAUUCUAGCAUCAAGGAUACGGGCAGUUGCAGUUUAUUAAGGGGAUGUAGUACUUCGAGGAUUGCAAGAUUUCCAAAACAAGACUUCAUUCAAAAUCAAGAGCGAAAAACCUCGUGCUUCAACCACCGUUUUACUCUAAUUUGCUGCUUCUUCGUGGUUUCUCAACAUUCAUUAUCUUCGUAAUGGUCAAACGAAAUCUGUAAGUUAGACAUUAGAUAUAAUAUUGAUUUUUGUGAAUAUUCCGGUGAAUUGGGAAGGAAU